AUGAAAUCAAGUGUCAUCUUAGCUGCAGCGGCAGCAGCAACAUUCACUUCAGCAUUUCCUACCAAGCAGAAUAGGUCAUCGAGCCAUUCAACCGAGGAUUGCCCUAAUGGCUAUGCUGUGCGUCCAGAAUGGAGCCAGAUGUCUAAGCAGCACAGGAAAGAAUACAUAUCCGCCCUUCAAUGCAUGAUGCAAAAGCCUAGCACGGUGGAAGAAACCAACGUCAGCUCGCACUACGCGGAUAUUAACUACACGCACCAAUUCCCAGGCCAGGCUAUACACUUUGUUGCGCAGUUCCUUCCUUGGCACAGGCACUACGUCUAUACCUACCACCAGGAGCUCAAAGAGUGUGGAUAUACGGGUGAGAUGCCAUUUUGGGCGUGGGAUUGGAAUGCCGAUGAUGUCUUCAAUUCCAGUGUCUUUGAUGCUGAUCCGGAAUGCGGUCUCGGCACGAAUGGUACUUUAGCAGAGGAAGGACCAUUGAACGCUUUUGCUGUCACUAACGGUGGCCUCGCUAACCACACCAUUGAGUUUCCUUACAAUCAUGUCUUCCAGCGCAACCUCCAGACCCUCCCUAAAGGUGCUCCUCAGCCACUUGACCGCUUUAUUCAGCCUGCGGAGGUAGAGAAGGCGCUCUCCUUUGAUGUCUACGAAUAUUUUCAUAGAUACGUUGAGGGCGCACCUCCUCAGGAACCUCUCAAAGACAUCCCAGGCAUGGAAGGCGAGAUGGGAUUUGCCGGCAUGCAUGGUGGUAUUCAUCGCAUGAUUGGUGGUGACAUGGGUGGCAUACUCGCUCACAUCGAAUCUCCAGACUGGUGCCCAUCAUUCACAGCAACCGAGAGCUCCAAUGAUGGUGCCAACAGUAGUCCACAAGAUCCUCUUUUCUUCUUGCACCACGCUAACGUCGACAGGGUCUGGGCUCAGUGGCAGGACCAGAGCCUCGAAGACAACAUGUACGCAUUCGGUGGCUGGACAUACCACAACUAUACCACAGAGAGCGGUGUCGGCAAGGCUACUCUCAACGACACCAUGAGAUUUGGCUACCUCACCGAUCCUGUACCCGUACACCAUGCGAUGGACUAUAGGAAGGCAUACUGCUAUGUGUACGCAGACAAGGACUACAGGGAGGCGUGA